GCGGGGGGGAGGGCUCACGCCUGCCCCUUGCCCCCUGGCGGCGCUCCUCCUAAGGAGCCGGGCCGCGCCGCCACCACCAUGAACCCGCGGCUGCAGCACUGGCGGGAGGCGGCCACGCUGCUGCUGGCGGCCGGCGCGGGCUGCGGGGCGGCAGCUCGGGGGCGGGCGCGGGCCCCGCUCGGCCCCUUUGACUACGAGGUCCUGCUGCUGCAGCGCAGCCCGCACAGCGGCUUCCUGCCCAGCGCGCACGUCUUCCCGGGCGGCCUGGUGGAGGCGGCCGACUUCUCCGCCGACUGGCUCGGCCUGCUGCCCGCCUCGCCCCGCUGCGGGCUGGGGCCGGUGCCGGGCGGCGGCCGCGCCCCGCUCUUCGCCACCGACCGCGCCGGCCUGGGCUCGCCGCUGCCGGGGGACGUGGCCUUCCGCAUCUGCGCCAUCCGGGAGACCUUCGAGGAGGCGGGCGUCCUCCUGGUGCUGCCCGGCCGCGGGCCCCCGCCCGGCCCUGCCGCCCCGCUGCCCCCGGCCCGGCUGCCGCCCGCCCCCGAGCUGAGCGCGUGGCGGCGCCGCGUGCAGAAGGACCCGGCCGCCUUCCUGCAGAUGUGCCGCCAGCUGCGCUGCGCGCCCAACAUCUGGGCGCUGCACGAGUGGGGCAACUGGCUGACGCCGGCGGGCCGAGGCGGGCGGCGCUACGACACCGCCUUCUACCUGUGCUGCCUGCGGCAACGCCCGCACACGGCGCAGGACGAGCGGGAGGUGACGGGCUUCAGGUGGUCAUCACCAUCAGAAGCAAUUGAAUGCUUUAAAUCUCAGGAAAUGUGGUUUGCUCCUCCUCAAUUUUAUGAAUUAUGUAGGCUGUGCAACUUUUCCUCACUUGAUGCUCUACAUAGAUUUGGUUCUGAUCGUGCAUUAGAAGGUUGUGAACGCUGGAUGUCUGUUAUGUUGGCUGCUUCAAAUGGCCACAUUCAGCUGUUACCAGGAGAUGAGCUGUAUCCAGAAGAUCCAGAUUAUACAGGAGAAAAGAAAAUGAUCUGGUCAACAGAUAAGAAGGUUGAAGAUCUAAUGAAGGAGGGUAGUAGACUUAAUCGGAUAGUAAUAAAAGAUCUUAACCGUCUUGCUGUUUACGUGAAUAUCCAACCAAAAUAUAAACACAUCAAUCCAAUAUUGAUGGACUCUAGUCUAAUAGGAAAUAAUGAAGACUGCAAUAGCAGACUAUAAUAUGUACCUGCUUUUUCAGUCAAUAUUUAAGAAAAUAUAUGUUUAUUUUUUAUACAUUUAGUCUUUUGUGACAGUUGCUGAGCAGAUAGUAUUGAAGGCUAAAGUUCAGCAAUACAGGCUUUUUGCAUUGUUCUAAAAUUUACAUCAACUCUGGUAAGCUUACCUCUCUGGGUAAAAGGAAGGUUCAAACUCCUACUUCAUUUUAGAUCUCUCUGAAAUUGAAACUGAACAAAUGUGCCAAGUGUGAUGUUGAUAUGUUCAGUGAGAACAUCAUAAUAAGCUACCAACUUGAUUUUGUGGGUCAGUGAAUGGUAAGUGAAUGGCCGUAUUUGACCAUUCCUAAUGUUGUCCUGUCCAUCCUAGGCCACUUAUAUGCUUACAGUGGACUACAGUGAUGCAAUUAAAUCGUACUUUCUCAUUGAAAACAAAAAUGCCUGUCAUGUUCUGAAUUCAACAAGCUCUCUUUUCUGUGUUUUAAAAAGUUACAACAGACAGCGAGGCACAUGGAACUGCAAUUUAAAUUUUCUAUUCUGUGACUGAUGUAUUUCCAACUCUCAUAUUUGGGAAUCUGAACAUCUGUGCAUUAAGUGAACUUAACUAAUGGUCAUUUAUUCUGUUUUUUAAUACUUUUUAUAAAUUCUGUGUUUAUGGUCAGUACAAUUUAGUUUAAGCGAGUUUCCAACACUCAUGAGUAAAACACUUUAAGGUUUAACAGCUUUUUAGACUUUUAAACCUUCCAGACUAAAAACAGCUUGUCUGCUGAAACUGUCAGCUCAGUCUGAUAGCAACUGUUCUCUUCAUUUAGUGUCAUACAUAAUUUAAAGAUUUUAUCAUCUUAGAAAAGAUGAAAAAUAAACUGUUUACUGCAUAGUUACGAAAAGAAUACAGGAAUGUAUUUUACUGUGCAAAUGAUCCUUAUGAACAACUGAAGAAGUGUGGUGCCUUGGAAAUAUCUACUGUCAUGUUUAACUUUUCAAGUUUUGUUUUGUGACAUACUGAAUGUAUGUUGCCUUACAAUCUAAGUCUUAUAUCAGAAGGCUACUUUAGCUUCCUUACAUUUUGUCACCCCACACUGUGUGUGUGUGUUGCCAGUAGCUUUCUUAGAAGAGAGAUAUGAUAGGGGAUCUGUAUAAGAUUCUCUGUACUGUGCAUGGAAGCAGAAGAGGUUAUGAUUAAGGGCCAGCCACUAGAUCUGUACAGAGGGUAAGUUUUUUACAACUUUGAAAAUUUUAAAGUUUGUUUCUGUUGCAUAUUGGAAUGAAAAUAAAACCUUUUAAAAUAUGUA